UCAAGCCCUUUCGGAAAGUUACAGGAUCAGACUAUUGACAGAGGGACUUCACGAGACCCGUUGCUGCGUCGCGUGGCUCCAGGUGCCCGACUUCCGGAUUAGAAUGACUCCACGAAGACAAACAUUCUUCGUCUGAACAAUCGCUUCAUUAAUUGCUCCAAGUCACCCCCUCGCUUUCAUUAGACAACAUGUCGGCCAACGGAACAUACAGGCAGCCUCUGUACCUGAGGUGCGAGAUGAAGAAGGCCGAGCACCGUGCGGCCCUGACGCCCACGACGGCAAGGAAGCUCAUCGACGCUGGCUUCGACAUUACUGUCGAGAGGGAUCCCCAACGCAUCUUUGAGGACGAAGAAUACGAGCAAGCUGGAUGCAAGCUGGCCCCGCACAAUUCGUGGGAGAAGCUGCCUGCGCACAUCCCCAUCAUUGGCCUCAAGGAGCUCGAGAGCCCCGGCCCUGAUCUUCCCCAGACUCACAUUCAAUUUGCGCACUGCUACAAGCACCAAGCUGGAUGGGUCGAUGUUCUCGCCCGGUUCAAGAGGGGAGGCGGCAAGCUCUACGACCUCGAAUUCCUCGAGGACGCCAACAAGCGCCGCGUCGCCGCCUUUGGUUGGCACGCCGGCUUCGCAGGUGCCGCACUCGGCCUCCUUGCCCUGGCUGAGCAGGUCAAGGAUCCAGAAGCGGGAAAGCUGGGCAAGCAGUCGCGCUACCCCAACGAGCACGAGCUGAUCCAGUUCGCCGCCAAGCAAGUCGAGGCCAUCAAGAGCAAGAGGCCCGAUGGCAAGGUCAAGGCCCUUGUUGUUGGCGCCCUCGGUCGAUGCGGACGGGGUGCUGUUGACUUUUUCGAGAAGGCUGGCGUCGCAAAGGAAGACAUUGUCCGCUGGGACAUUCAGGAAACCACGGCCAAGUCGGGCCCGUACCAGGAGAUGCUUGAUGUCGACGUCUUCGUCAACUGCAUCUACCUCAACCAGAAGAUCCCGCCUUUCCUCUCGCGCGACUUUGUCGCCAAGGCCGGACCCCAGCGGCGUCUGGGUGUCGUCGUCGACGUGAGCUGCGACACGACAAACCCCAACAACCCCCUUCCCAUCUAUGACAUCAACACGACCUUUGACGAGCCUACUGUCGAGGUUGACACUGGGGCCGGCAACCCCCGCCUGACCGUUGUCUCCAUCGACCAUCUGCCGACGCUGCUUCCUUGUGAGGCCUCCGAGGCCUUUUCGAACGACUUGCUGCCUUCGCUCUACCAACUGCCCUACGUGCUGCCGGAACACCCCAAGAGCAAGGAGGCCGGUGCUGGCCAAGAAGAAGCCAAGGGUGCCGUCUGGAAGAGAGCCGAGGACCUCUUCAGACACCAUCUCGCAGAGGCUGAGAAGGAGGGUGCCAAGUAGGCAACAAGCUUAAGGCUCAUGCGAGAAGAUGCGAUCUCGCCAGACAGAUGCUGAGAUUGAGAUAGACUAUUGAUACAAUGGGUGAUAUAUAAAGAAGAACGUGUAAGCAAAACAGAAAGAGACCGGAUCUGAUGGUGUUGCU